CUCGGACACAUUUCGACGUUACACAAAUACACGUCCUCGCUCUCAGCAAAACAAUCUGCCGAUGUUAGCGGGUGAAGGCUAAAUAGGUUUCCAGAGGGUAGAGCUGGUUUGAUGCCCGCAGCGCCACAAUGCAGCUCUCGGACUCAGUCACACAUAAGAACGGGAGGCAGAGGAAGCCCGCUGUCCCCCAGGGGGACAUGAGGGACAGGGACAUGGUUCUCAACACUACCCCUGACAUGGAGGUGGAGGGGGAGGCGCUCCACCGAGGAUACGACGCGGAGGACAACGGACAUCCCAGGUUACGGCCUGGGAUCAGAGGGGAGCUGGGGAACGUGUCUCUGCUGCUCUUCCUUUAUGUCCUUCAGGGUAUCCCUCUGGGCCUGGCCGGGAGCAUCCCUCUCAUCCUGCAGAGUAAGAACGUCAGCUACAAGGACCAGGCCUUCUUCAGCUUUGUCUUCUGGCCCUUCAGUCUCAAGCUGCUGUGGGCCCCGCUGGUGGACGCGCUCUACCUGAGCCGGUUCGGACGCAGGAAGUCGUGGCUGGUGCCCACCCAAUACCUGCUGGGUCUCUUCAUGCUGUACCUGUCGGUUACCGUGGAUACGCUGCUGAAAAGUGACGAGGGGCGGGGCCCCGACGUGGUGACCCUGACGGCGGUGUUCUUCAUGCUGGCCUUUCUGGCAGCCACCCAGGACAUAGCAGUGGAUGGCUGGGCUCUGACCAUGCUGUCUAGGGAGAACGUGGGCUACGCCUCCACAUGUAACUCUGUGGGACAGACGGCAGGCUACUUCCUAGGCAACGUCCUCUUCCUGGCCCUGGAGUCAGCUGACUUCUGCAACAAAUACCUGAGAGCAGAGCCUAAAGAGACUGGUAUCGUUACACUUUCAGACUUCCUGUUUUUCUGGGGCGUGGUGUUCCUGGUGUCGACCACGCUGGUGGCUGUUAUGAAGAAGGAGAACGCCAGGGGACAGCACGGGAGGAAGAAGGUCCGGGAGGAGACGCAGAGCGUCAUGGAAACAUACAAACUGCUGCUCUCCAUCAUCAAGAUGCCUGCCGUGGUCACCUUCUGUAGCCUGCUGCUCACUGCUAAGAUAGGUUUCUCUGCAGCAGAUGCAGUGACCGGUCUGAAGCUGGUAGAGGCAGGUGUUCCUAAAGAGCAGCUGGCAUUACUGGCAGUCCCCAUGGUUCCACUGCAGAUACUACUACCUCUCAUCAUCAGUAAAUACACAGCGGGACCACGACCACUAGACGUCUUCUACAAGGCCUUUCCCUUCAGGUUGUUGAUAGGUCUGGGGUAUGCUGUGUUGGUGUGGUGGACUCCCAGUUUAAAGCAGGAAGGGGGAUUCCCCCUCUACUACUACACUAUAGUCCUGUUCAGCUACGCACUGCAUCAGGUGGCGCUGUACAGCAUGUAUGUGGCCUGUAUGGCUUUCCAUGCUAAAGUGAGUGACCCAGUGAUCGGUGGGACCUACAUGACCCUGCUGAACACAGUCACCAACCUAGGGGGCAAUUGGCCCUCCACCCUGGCACUGUGGAUGGUUGACCCACUCACCUCUAAGGAGUGCCAGGGAGCCGCCGGACAGAGCUGUGGCUCCUCAGAGGAGGCUGGGCUGUGUGUAAAGGAGGGCGGUGUGUGUGUGACGUCGUUGGAUGGUUACUAUGUGGAGUCGGUGGUGUGUGUGUUGAUAGGACUAACGUGGUGGGUGUGGCUAGGGAAGAGGAUGAGAAGGCUACAGGACCAGAGCCCCGCAGCUUGGAGGUGCAGGAUCGGCCAACGACAACGUUCACCCAGCUCCUGACCUGCACAACCCCUUUCCUGACUCCAGCCAGGCCAAUCGCCAGACAGCUACAGUCUGAUAUAAACGCUUCCUCUCUUAUCUUUUCCUCUCGCUCACUUUCAGUUGGUCUAUGUUGGUCUUUCUCUGUCCCUCACUGUCCUUCCCAGUCCCUCUCUCACCCUUCUCUGAUGACUCUUAUCAGUCUCCAUUCUUCCCAAUCUUCUCUGAUGACUCUUAUCAGUCUCCAUUCUUCCCAACCUUCUCUGAUGACUCUUAUCAGUCUCCAUUCUUCCCAACCUUCUCUUUCUCUGUCCCUCACAGUCCCUCUCAGUCCCUCUCUCAACCUUCUCUGAUGACUCUUAUCAGUCUCCAUUCUUCCCAACCUUCUCUUUCUCUGUCCCUCACAGUCCCUCUCAGUCCCUCUCUCAAUCUUCUCUGAUGACUCUUAUCAGUCUCCAUUCUUCCCAAUCUUCUCUGAUGACUCUUAUCAGUCUCCAUUCUUCUCAACCUUCUCUGAUGACUCUUAUCAGUCUCCAUUCUUCCCAACCUUCUCUGAUGACUCUUAUUAGUCUCCAUUCUUCCCAACCUUCUCUUUCUCUGUCCCUCACAGUCCCUCUCAGUCCCUCUCUCAACCUUCUCUGAUGACUCUUAUCAGUCUCCAUUCUUCCCAACCUUCUCUUUCUCUGUCCCUCACAGUCCCUCUCAGUCCCUCUCUCAACCUUCUCUGAUGACUCUUAUCCAUCUCCCUUCUCUUUCUCUGCCCGGUGUGUGUACAUUGUCGUUCAGCACUUAUUUCUUUGAAAUACCUGUAGCUGUGGUCUGGCUACCACAUGACUAUGGACCAUAACAGUCAACAACAACAGUCCACUUCCUGCUUGUACCAUCCACGUCUUCACCAGGACUUCUGCCCCUUCAACUACUUUAUGUCCCAUUGGAAAGAAAACUAAGAAGGAACUAUUGUUCUUGCUAGGGAAUAUUUACAGUAGACAUUUACUCUGGGAAAUCGCUGAUCCUUCUUCUCGUACCACAUUCUCGAUAUCUUAAACUAUUUCAUUAGACUUGUCAUAAUUUGUGCCUUUGCUAGGUUCUUCAGAUUGUCAUUAUAAAGUUGGAUGACAUUUGAAAAGACUUUAAUCAAUGGUCAUCAAAAAGCACACCCACAUUAAACGGUGAGAUGUCGGCCUGCUUGAUUAACAGGUCGAAUGUGUCUUUAGCAUGGAGUCAGAAAUGCCAACUGUAUUGUUGACGGGAAUCCAUAGCCCCUUCGACAGAAAUGCCUAAACUAUAACAGUACUGUUUUAAUAGAUGUCUGUCAUUUUGGGGAUGACAACAGUAUUUUUCUCUAAACCAGCAAUGAGAGGUCAGAGGUUGUGUGAAAGGGACCAGUCAGGUCCGGAUCUGGGAUCACUUAUAAUGGUUCUGUUUGGAUUGUGUGAUAGAAAUGAUCAUUUUUCUGUGUAUUUGUUGAAAUGAACAAGAGUUAUUUUUUAUUUAUUUUUUUGGGGGGGGGGGGGUCUCUGCUGUGUUCCACAUCAGGCUGCACAAAAAAACAACAUUUACAUUGAUCCAUGUGUGGAAACCUGAUCAUUCAGCUUCUCUGUUUCUCCCUUCAUUUCUGUCCCUAACCACAGGUCCAAAUUCAGAUGCGGCUCAGUUUCUAAAUGUGAAAGUCAGGGUUGGGGGGGGGGGGGGGGGUAAAAUGAGAUGAUCCUAAAUCAGGUGUUUCUCCUUUGUGGGGGACAACAACAACAAAAAAACUGCACACUGAGUUUCCUCACCGAUGCAAAUCCUUCAUACUGUAAGUGAGUUUCCACACGGAUGCAAAGCCUUCAUACUGUAAGUGAGUUUCCACACGGAUGCAAAGCCUUCAUACUGUAAGUGAGUUUCCACACGGAUGCAAAGCCUUCAUACUGUAAGUGAGUUUCCACACGAAUGCAAAGCCUUCAUACUGUAAGUGAGUUUCCACACGGAUGCAAAGCCUUCAUACUGUAAGUGAGUUUCCACACGGAUGCAAAGCCUUCAUACUGUAAGUGAGUUUCCACACGGAUGCAAAGCCUUCAUACUGUAAGUGAGUUUCCACACGGAUGCAAAGCCUUCAUACUGUAAGUGAGUUUCCACACGGAUGCAAAGCCUUCAUACUGUAAGUGAGUUUCCACACGAAUGCAAAGCCUUCAUACUGUAAGUGAGUUUCCACACGGAUGCAAAGCCUUCAUACUGUAAGUGAGUUUCCACACGGAUGCAAAGCCUUCAUACUGUAAGUGAGUUUCCACACGGAUGCAAAGCCUUCAUACUGUGAGACUUUUGUUAUCCUUGAACAUAUAGUUUUUUAAUUUUCUGUUUAUUUUACAACUUGUGAUAGUGAUGCUGCUGUUUGUACAUGGUCUGUGCCAGUACUAUUUACAGUUAUUUUAAUAUGACCUAUACAACUAUACAAGACCAGCAUUCACUUACAUAAGGAAAUGUAUGUAUACAGUCAGGUCCAUAAAUAUAUAUAUAAAAAAAGUGCUGUAAUUCCUACACUGUUCAUCUCAUUUGGAUGUAAAUACCUUCAAAUUACAGCUAAAAGUCUGCAUUUUCAGCUCAUAUUCAUGAUUUAAUUUAAACCCCAAUAUGCUGUGGUUAAACAGCUAAAAUAAUAAUAACUUGGUUAAUGUUCAAAUAUUUAUGGACCUUGACUGCAGCUAUGAUUUGUUUGAUUUACUAAAUAUUUAAAUUAAAUUAAUAUUAACUUCUUUUUUUUUCUUUCUUAAUUUCAGUUUGUACAUUAUUUUCCAAGAUUACCGCAAGAGAGGGGUUUUUAAAAAAGAUUGUUCAGCUAUUGACUUUCACAUGGAAUAGAAAUAAUUUGUGAUGGGUUGCUGAAAAAUAUUUGAUACCCAACACAACAAGAAAAGCUGGUUUUAAACAACCUGCUUUGGUGUUGGAGUUGUCCUUACCCUCUCUGAGGCCAGUGUUCACGUGACCCCUUUUAUGUUUGAAAAAAAUCAGACAUUACAGGGUGACCGUACCAGAGUGUGGGGUUCAAUUCCAUUGAAAUUCCGUACCAGAUUGGGAAGUACACUAAAAUUGCAAUCCAUUUCUCUUCAGUAGUUCAACGAGGAACAUUUGGAAUUGACAUUUGCUUUACUUUCUAACUCGGUAGGAUUUUCUACGGAAUGGACCCCAACUCUGGACUGUACCCUAUGGGACUUGUACACAUGCUAUGCUGUAAUAUGGUCUGAGAAACUUUUGUACCAACAUUCCCAAGAUAUAUAUGGAAAAUAUUGAAUACGUGUAAAUAUAUGCACAUAGUGGUUUCAAAA